CCCACUCCGCUUCAUAAAUUUCAUUUAAUUUCCCCGCUUCCUCUCUUUUUCCUCCACUGCGGCCGCCAUCGUCGCCGCUUCCCGGAGAUAAUCACCGAUUAAAGGAGGAGAACAAGUCUACGAUCACGAAAAUGGCGCUGGCCUUCGAUGAGUAUGGCCGCCCCUUCAUAAUAAUGAAGGAGCAAGAUCAGAAGACGAGGCUUCGUGGCCUCGACGCCCAGAAAUCCAACAUCGCCGCUGGCGUCGCCGUAUCUCGAAUCCUACGCACUUCUCUUGGCCCUAAGGGCAUGGACAAGAUGAUGCAGAGCCCCGACGGCGAUCUCAUCAUCACGAACGAUGGGGCAACAAUCUUGGAACAGAUGGAUGUGGACAAUCAGAUUGCAAAGCUGAUGGUGGAGCUAUCCCGAAGUCAAGAUUAUGAAAUUGGCGAUGGCACAACUGGUGUUGUCGUUCUUGCUGGCUCACUUUUAGAGCAGGCAGAGAAGCUUUUAGAACGCGGCAUUCAUCCUAUUAGGAUUGCUGAAGGCUAUGAGCUGGCAUCCAGGAUAGUCGUUGAUCAUCUUGAGGGUAUUUCGCAAAAGUUUGAGUUCAGUGUUAACAAUAUGGAGUCCUUAGUGAAGACCUGCAUGACAACAUUGUCAUCCAAAAUUGUUAACCGUUGCAAGCGCAGUCUAGCUGAGAUUGCUGUUAAAGCAGUUCUAGCUGUUGCAGAUUUAGAGAGGAAAGAUGUUAAUUUGGAUUUGAUUAAGGUAGAAGGGAAGGUAGGAGGGAAAUUGGAAGAUACCGAGCUCGUUCAUGGAAUUAUUGUCGACAAGGAUAUGAGCCACCCACAGAUGCCAAAACGGAUUGAAAAUGCUAAAAUUGCUAUAUUGACUUGCCCAUUCGAGCCACCGAAGCCCAAGACAAAACAUAAGGUUGACAUUGACACUGUGGAGAAGUUCCAGACCUUGCGCCAUCAGGAGCAGAAAUAUUUUGAUGACAUGGUUCAGAAAUGCAAGGAUGUUGGUGCAACCCUAGUUAUUUGUCAAUGGGGUUUUGAUGAUGAAGCUAAUCAUUUGUUGAUGCAUCGUAAUUUGCCCGCUGUUAGGUGGGUUGGUGGUGUUGAAUUGGAAUUGAUUGCUAUUGCCACAGGUGGACGUAUCGUUCCAAGAUUUCAAGAACUUACACCUGAAAAACUUGGAAAGGCUGGUCUGGUUAGAGAAAAAUCUUUUGGAACUACAAAAGAUAGAAUGCUGUAUAUCGAGCAAUGCGCAAAUUCAAGGGCUGUAACAAUAUUUAUUCGUGGUGGUAACAAAAUGUUGAUAGAGGAAACUAAGAGAAGCAUCCAUGAUGCAUUGUGUGUAGCAAGGAAUUUGAUCCGCAACAAUUCUAUUGUUUAUGGUGGGGGUUCAGCUGAGAUCUCUUCUUCAAUUGCUGUGGAAGCCGCUGCGGAUAAGUACCCUGGAGUUGAGCAGUAUGCUAUCAGGUCCUUUGCUGAUGCUUUAGAUGCCAUUCCGAUGGCCUUGGCAGAAAACAGUGGCCUGCAACCUAUUGAUUCUUUAACUGCUGUCAAAGCUCAGCAAAUCAAGGAUAAAAAUCCAUACUGUGGCAUUGAUUGCAAUGAUGUCGGGACCAAUGACAUGAAAGAGCAGAAUGUAUUCGAGACAUUGAUUGGAAAGCAGCAGCAGAUAUUACUGGCAACACAGGUUGUUAAAAUGAUCUUGAAGAUCGAUGAUGUCAUCAGCCCAUCUGAGUACUGAUCAAUUUUUGUGAGUUUGUUGUGUGUUUUUAUGUUUGAAGAAGCCUCUGCAUUAGGAUUUACAGAAAAAGUGUUGUGCCAUUGUUUCUAUGCUUAAUUGUGGUAUUACGCUGUCAGUUUCUUUUAUUUUUCUUCUGUUCUCUUGCUCUUUCUUUCUUAGUUUUGUGGAUGUUAUGAAAACUUACAAAGUUAGAGCCUAGUUUUGUAACUUCUGUUGAAUUUUGUUCGCCUAUUCUGAUUUCAGCUCGUGACAACUUCA